CUUUACCAAUGAGACGACUACGUUUCGUUACUUCAUGUAUCAGAUUUUUUUUGUGUUAGACAAUUUCUCCCAGUAUAUAAUGAGUUUUCGUAUGAUAAAUGUACUACCCAACUGGCACCCAUUCGAAAAAAAAACUUUCGCAACCAUCUCAGCAGCAUCUGCAGCACAUGGGGCAGAGAACACUUCAAGACGUUUGACGGCGAUGUUUACCACUUCUCCGGCUCGUGCGAAUAUAACCUGGCUUCAGACUGCCACAUGUCCAUGCAGGAGUUCUCAGUGCAUAUAAGGAGGGAGCAGAAUGAUGGGAACCCGACUCUCCGCUAUGUGGUGGUCUCCAUCAAUGACCUUGCCUUCCAUCUCACAAAGGAAGUGGUCACUGUUAAUAACCAACCGGUAUCAAUGCCAUACUAUAAUGGUGGAGUACAAGUGGAGAAUAAUGGCGUCUACAUCAAACUGCAGUCUAAAGUUGGCCUUGUUGUCAUGUGGAAUGGUGAUGAUGCUGUCAUGUUGGAGGUUGAUCGCGACUAUGCUAAUCGCACUUGUGGACUCUGUGGUGACUACAAUGGUGUUCCUGUCUACAAUGAGUUGAUUAACAAUGAUCGAGUACUUAGCCACAUUGAAUUCGGCAACAAUCAAAAAGUUCAUCAUCUAAAUGAAGACUGUGAAGACCCAUUUGAGGAGUAUGGCGAACCGCUUGAUGAUGUACCACUCGUAGAGUCGUGUGAAGAGUUUAAAACCAUCUGUACCCAAAUGCUUCUUUCAGAGUCCUGGACCCCCUGCACCCAACUUAUUGACCCUGCUCCAUACGUGAAAGCUUGUGUUCAGGACAUGUGUGGCUGCAACAACCGUACAAAUGACUUUUGUGUCUGCAGCACACUUUCCGAGUUCUCACGACAGUGUUCCCACGCUGGUGGACAGCCUCCCAACUGGAGGACACCACAAUUCUGUGCCAAGCAGUGCCCAUACAACAUGGUGUAUGAGGAGAGCGGUUCUCCAUGCAUGGACACGUGCACGCACCUGGACACAAGUUCACUGUGUGAGGACCACAAAAUGGACGGCUGCUUUUGUCCUCCCGGAACUGUGUUUGAUGAUAUUUCAUUGAGAGGAUGCAUCGCUCUAUCUGAAUGCCAGUGCAAGCGUGACAGAAUCUACAACUCCAGCGAGGGCUACCAACAUGACAAGGAGAAAUGUACGUGUUUUCAGGGCAGAUGGUCUUGUGAGUAUUUGGAGACACCAGCGACAUGUGCAGUGGAAGAGGGCUCACAUGUAACCACCUUUGAUGGGAAAUCUUACACGUUCCAUGGAGAUUGUUUUUACACGCUAGCCAAAGUGGACAGCAAGGAUGCAUCAAGUCCAAAGUUUACCAUUCAGGUCCAAUUAGCAGCUUGUACAAACCAAGAGUUUGACACUUGUCUCAAGGCCGUGAAAAUCCUUCUUAACAAUGACAGAAACAAUGUACUGAUGUUCAUUUCUGAUGGGACCGUAAAACAGAACCAACAAUCCAUCACUUUGCCGUACCAAACAGGGGACAUCAACAUAUUCCACGCGUCGUCUUUUCACAUUUUGCUCGAUACAUCUUUUGGCUUGCAAAUUCAAAUCCAGCAUGUGCCUCUCAUGCAAAUUUAUGUCAGGCUGGAGCAGAGUUACAAGGGGAAGACGCGCGGUUUAUGUGGCAACUACAACCUUGCCUUGUAUGAUGACUUUAAGACGCCUCAGGGCAUUGUUGAAGGAACGGCAACAACGUUUGGUAACACCUGGAAGGCCAACCUCAUGUGUCGAGACACGAGGGAGAGACUUGAUGACCCCUGUUCUCUUAGCAUUGAAAACGAGUUGUACGCCAAACAUUGGUGCGCCUUGCUGUUACGUCCGAAUAGCACCUUUGGACAAUGCCAUUCAUCCGUGGACCCUGAUGUUUACUACAAGCGCUGCACUUACGCCAGCUGCAAUUGUGACAAGAGUGAAGACUGUCUGUGCGCUGUCUUCUCUUCCUAUGCCCGGGCUUGUGCUUCUAAUGGAGUCUUCUUGACUGACUGGAGGGCAAAUGUUUGCGACAAAUACACCAAGAGCUGUCCAGCAUCUCAGAUCUUCUCAUACAAACAUCAACGCUGUGAGCUGACUUGUAGAUCAUUAAGUUCAACACUGCAGACUUGCUCCUCCGACUUCCUGCCUGUGGAUGGCUGCUCCUGCCCUGAGGGUCAAUACCUUAAUGAAUAUAACGUCUGCAUCCCCAAAGAGAAAUGUCCCUGUCAUCACAAUGAGGCUAUUAUCAAGCCUGGGAAGUCCAUCAACAUUAAGGAUGAGCACUGUGUGUGCAGGAAUGGGGUGCUUCAUUGCCACUCUUGGAGAGCCCGCUCAUCAACAUGCCCUCCACACAAAGUGUUCUUCAACUGCUCGAAUGCUGGCUCAGGAGAACUCGGAGUCCAAUGUGCACCUUCUUGUUUAAAUCUGGAUAAUGAUGAAUGUGACUCCAGCGAGUGCGAGUCCGGAUGUCAGUGUCCUGUUGGCCGUUUUGAUGAUGGCAAAGGUUUCUGUGUGGAAAAAUCGGAUUGUCCAUGUCAGCAUAAUGGACAACUCUAUGCCUCUGGAACACAAAUUCCUAAUCACUGCAACACGUGCACUUGCAAAAGCGGAAAAUGGAAUUGUACAGAGGACAAAUGCUCAGGAACAUGCAUUAUUUAUGGAAGUGGCCAUUACAGUACAUUUGAUCAGCGAACAUAUGCGUUUCAAGGACACUGCAGCUAUGUUGCAGUCAAGAACAAAUGUGACAAUAAAACAGCAGAGGACAACAUUGGCGUCAUUACAGAGAAUGUACCAUGUGGCUCUACGGGUACCACAUGCUCAAAAACUGUCCGAAUCCAGUUGGGGCGAAUGGAAAUUAAACUAUCAAAAGGAAAAUAUGAAGAGGUGGACCUAGGACAAGGCAGUCAGAUAAAGUACACAAUAAGGAAGGUUGGCAUGUAUCUGGUCGUAGAAUCUGCUAUUGGACUCGCGGUCAUGUGGGAUCGCAAAACAACUGUCCGCAUCCUCUUGGAACGUCAACAUGGUGGAGAAGUAUGUGGCCUGUGUGGAGAUUUUGAUGGCAACGGACGGAAUGACUUCACUACUCAGGACCAGCUUCUAGUGAGCAGUGUUUUAGAAUUUGCCAACAGCUGGAAAACCAGCAGCAGUUGCCCAAAUGUGGAAGCAAGCCCCGAUCCUUGUGUCGCAACACCAAACCGACAUCACUGGGCCAAAAUGAUGUGCGGCAUUAUAAAUGGAGAAACAUUCAAAGAAUGUCACAAUAAGGUGAAUCCACAGCCUUAUUAUGAGAACUGUGUGAAAGACUCAUGUGCCUGUGACACCGGAGGCGACUGUGAAUGUUUUUGUACUGCAGUUGCAGCUUAUGCUCAGGCUUGCAAUGAAGCCGGUGUGUGUGUGGCAUGGAGAACACCAGAUAUUUGUCCUGCCUUCUGUGAUUACUAUAACAACCCACAUGAAUGCAGGUGGCAUUACAACCCAUGUCAUCAACCAUGUUACAAGACCUGCUUAAAUCUGGAGGGAAUUUGUAGCAACCCCUUACCCCAACUGGAGGGCUGUUAUCCUGUGUGCCCGGAAGAUAAGCCCAUAUUUGACGAGGAACACCAGAUAUGUGUCGAGGAAUGUGAAGGUUGCUUUUACAACGGGACAAGAUAUGAUGAAUAUGAAGUUAUUUACAAUGUGACUGACAACCUGGGAAUGUGCUAUUAUGCAAUAUGUAUAAAUGCAACAGUGAUAUUUGGAAAUGAAACCUGCUCCACUACAACAGUGCCUCCGAUAACAACUUCAACUCCUGUGACUGAAUCUUCUACUACCACUGAAGGACCAACUACCACCUACACAAAACCUACAGUCUCAACAACAGGACCUCCUACUACCACUGAGGAAUUAACCACAACAACACAAUCAACUACUCUUUCAACAGUACCUGUCACGACCACUGAAAAGUCUACACCUCAGACAGAAACUACAAGUAGGGAGCCAACCACAACCACAAAAUCGACCACGCCACAAACAGAGCCUCCAACGACAACUGAAGGAAAAACCACAACAAAAUCAACAUCCCAACCAACAGAGCCGCCCACAACAACUGAAGUCCCAAGCACAACCCCCAAACCAUUAACAACAACACCCAUUGCAAGUUCAACCACCACAAUAUGUGUUACUGGAACAGAACAACCCCAAAACACGACUGAAGGAGUGUCCACCACUACAACGAAAUCGACAAUACCCCCAACAACACCUCCAACUACAACUGUGGGAACAACCACAAAAUUUACUUCACCAUCAUCUGGACCCACCUCUACGACUCAUGGCCCAAAAACCACAAUAUCAUCUACCACAAUUUCCACAACAUUUGAGGAACCUGUAACUGGAACCACAGAAAGCCCGGGUACUGCUCCUGUUGUUAGCAACACUACAACACCAUCCGGACUCCCUACGACAACUGAAAGACAUACAACCACCACCUCCAUGUCAACUACCUUGUCAGCAGAAACUGUCACAACUGAGGGUCAGACAACUACAACAAAAUCUACCACCACACCGGCAAAACCCUCUACAACAACUGAAGGUCCUACUACCACAAUAAAAUCUACAACAACAUCAGGAGGUCCCACCACAACAACUGAAGGUCCCACUACCACAAUAAAAUCUACAACAUCAGGAGGACCCACCACAACAACUGAAGGUCCUACAACUACAACAAAAUCUACCACCACAACAGCAAAACCCUCCACAACAACUGAAGGUCCCACUACCACCACAGAAUAUACAACUACACCAGCAGGACCCACCGCAACGACUGAAAGUCCCACAACAACAACUAAAUCGACAACCACACACGCCGGACCUACAACAACGACUGAAGGUCCCACAACUACAACACAAUCUACUACCACAUCAGCAGGACCCACCACAACAACUGAAGGUCCCACCACGACCACAGAAUCUACAACCACAUCAGCAGGACCUACUACAACCACAGAGGGUCCCACUACGACAACUAAGUCUACAACCACAACAGCCAGACCCACCACAACAACUGUAGGUCCCACAACUACAACACAAUCUACUACCACAUCAGCAGGACCUACUACAACCACAGAGGGUCCCACUACUACAACUAAGUCGACAACCACUACAGCAGGACCCACCACAACAACUGAAGGUCCGACAACUACAACAAAAUCUACCACCACAACAGCAAAACCCUCCACAACUACUGAAGGUCCCAUAACAACAACACAAUCUACAACCACACCAGCAGGACCUACAACAACAACUGAAGGUCCCACGACUACAACAAAAUCGACAACCACACCAGCUGGACCUACAACAACAACUGAAGGUCCAACUACGACAAAGAAAUCUACCACCACACCAGCAACACCCUCUACAACAAGUGAAGGUCCCACUACGACUACAGAAUCUGCAACCCCACCAGCAGGACCUACUACAACAACAGAGGGUCCCACUACAACAACUAAAUCUACUCCCACAUCAGCCGGACCCACCACAACAACUGAAGGUCCCACAACUACAACACAAUCUACUACAACAUCAGCAGGACCUACUACAACAACAGAGGGUCCCACUACGACAACUAAGUCGACAACCACUACAGCAGGACCUACAACAACAACUGAAGGUCCCACAACAACAACACAAUCUACUACCACAUCAGCAGGACCUACGACAACCACAGAGGGUCCCACGACGACAACUAAAUCUACUACCACAUCAGCCGGGCCCACCACAACAACUGAAGGUCCCACAACUACAACACAAUCUACUACCACAUCAGCAGGACCUACUACAACAACAGAGGGUCCCACUACGACAACUAAGUCGACAACCACUACAGCAGGACCUACAACAACUGAAGGUUCCACUACCACCACAGAAUCUACAACAACACCAGCAGGACCCACCACAACAACUGAAAGACCCACAACAACAACACAAUCUACUACCACAUCAGCAGGACCCACCACAACAACUGAAGGUCCCACCACGACCACAGAAUCUACAACCACAUCAGCAGGACCUACUACAACCACAGAGGGUCCCACUACGACAACUAAGUCUACAACCACAAUAGCCAGACCCACCACAACAACUGUAGGUCCCACAACUACAACACAAUCUACUACCACAUCAGCAGGACCUACUACAACAACAGAGGGUCCCACUACGACAACUAAGUCGACAACCACUACAGCAGGACCCACCACAACAACUGAAGGUCCGACAACUACAACAAAAUCUACCACCACAACAGCAAAACCCUCCACAACUACUGAAGGUCCCACAACAACAACACAAUCUACUACCACAUCAGCAGGACCCACAACAACAACUGAAGGUCCCACGACUACAACAAAAUUGACAACCACACCAGCCGGACCUACAACGACAACUGAAGGUCCAACUACGACAAAGAAAUCUACCACCACGCCAGCAACACCCUCUACAACAAGUGAAGGUCCCACUACGACUACAGAAUCUACAACCCCACCAGCAGGACCUACUACAACAACAGAGGGUCCCACUACAACAACUAAAUCUACUACCACAUCAGCCGGACCCACCACAACAACUGAAGGUCCCACAACUACAACACAAUCUACUACCACAUCAGCAGGACCCACGACAACAACUGAAGGUCCCACCACGACCACAGAAUCUACAACCACAUCAGCAGGACCUACGACAACCACAGAGGGUCCCACGACGACAACUAAAUCUACUACCACAUCAGCCGGGCCCACCACAACAACUGAAGGUCCCACAACUACAACACAAUCUACUACCACAUCAGCAGGACCUACUACAACAACAGAGGGUCCCACUACGACAACUAAGUCGACAACCACUACAGCAGGACCUACAACAACUGAAGGUUCCACUACCACCACAGAAUCUACAACAACACCAGCAGGACCCACCACAACAACUGAAAGUCCCACAACAACAACACAAUCUACUACCACAUCAGCAGGACCCACCACAACAACUGAAGGUCCCACGACUACAACAAAAUCGACAACCACACCAGCCGGACCUACAACGACAACUGAAGGUCCAACUACGACAAAGAAAUCUACCACCACGCCAGCAACACCCUCUACAACAAGUGAAGGUCCCACGACGACUACAGAAUCUACAACCCCACCAGCAGGACCUACUACAACAACAGAGGGUCCCACUACAACAACUAAAUCUACUACCACAUCAGCCGGACCCACCACAACAACUGAAGGUCCCACAACUACAACACAAUCUACUACCACAUCAGCAGGACCCACGACAACAACUGAAGGUCCCACCACGACCACAGAAUUUACAACCACAUCAGCAGGACCUACGACAACCACAGAGGGUCCCACUACGACAACUAAAUCUACUACCACCGCAGCCGGACCCACCACAACAACUGAAGGUCCCACAACUACAACACAAUCUACUACAACAUCAGCAGGACCUACUACAACAACAGAGGGUCCCACUACGACAACUAAGUCGACAACCACUACAGCAGGACCUACAACAACAACUGAAGGUCCCACGACUACAACAAAAUCGACCACCACAACAGCAAAACCCUCCACAACAACUGAAGGUCCCACUACCACCACAGAAUCUACAACAACACCAGCAGGACCCACCACAACAACUGAAAGUCCCACAACAACAACACAAUCUACUACCACAUCAGCAAGACCCACCACAACAACUGAAGGUCCCACUACGACAACUAAAUCUACUACCACAUCAGCCGGACCCACCACAACAACUGAAGGUCCCACAACUACAACACAAUCUACUACCACAUCAGCAGGACCCACGACAACAACUGAAGGUCCCACCACGACCACAGAAUCUACAACCACAUCAGCAGGACCUACGACAACCACAGAGGGUCCCACGACGACAACUAAAUCUACUACCACAUCAGCCGGGCCCACCAUAACAACUGAAGGUCCCACAACUACAACACAAUCUACUACCACAUCAGCAGGACCUACUACAACAACAGAGGGUCCCACUACGACAACUAAGUCGACAACCACUACAGCAGGACCUACAACAACUGAAGGUUCCACUACCACCACAGAAUCUACUACCACAUCAGCAGGACCCACCACAACAACUGAAGGUCCCACGACUACAACAAAAUCGACAACCACACCAGCCGGACCUACAACGACAACUGAAGGUCCAACUACGACAAAGAAAUCUACCACCACGCCAGCAACACCCUCUACAACAAGUGAAGGUCCCACGACGACUACAGAAUCUACAACCCCACCAGCAGGACCUACUACAACAACAGAGGGUCCCACUACAACAACUAAAUCUACUACCACAUCAGCCGGACCCACCACAACAACUGAAGGUCCCACAACUACAACACAAUCUACUACCACAUCAGCAGGACCCACGACAACAACUGAAGGUCCCACCACGACCACAGAAUUUACAACCACAUCAGCAGGACCUACGACAACCACAGAGGGUCCCACUACGACAACUAAAUCUACUACCACCGCAGCCGGACCCACCACAACAACUGAAGGUCCCACAACUACAACACAAUCUACUACAACAUCAGCAGGACCUACUACAACAACAGAGGGUCCCACUACGACAACUAAGUCGACAACCACUACAGCAGGACCUACAACAACAACUGAAGGUCCCACGACUACAACAAAAUCGACCACCACAACAGCAAAACCCUCCACAACAACUGAAGGUCCCACUACCACCACAGAAUCUACAACAACACCAGCAGGACCCACCACAACAACUGAAAGUCCCACAACAACAACACAAUCUACUACCACAUCAGCAAGACCCACCACAACAACUGAAGGUCCCACUACGACAACUAAAUCUACUACCACAUCAGCCGGACCCACCACAACAACUGAAGGUCCCACAACUACAACACAAUCUACUACCACAUCAGCAGGACCCACGACAACAACUGAAGGUCCCACCACGACCACAGAAUCUACAACCACAUCAGCAGGACCUACGACAACCACAGAGGGUCCCACGACGACAACUAAAUCUACUACCACAUCAGCCGGGCCCACCAUAACAACUGAAGGUCCCACAACUACAACACAAUCUACUACCACAUCAGCAGGACCUACUACAACAACAGAGGGUCCCACUACGACAACUAAGUCGACAACCACUACAGCAGGACCUACAACAACUGAAGGUUCCACUACCACCACAGAAUCUACAACAACACCAGCAGGACCCACCACAACAACUGAAAGUCCCACAACAACAACACAAUCUACUACCACAUCAGCAGGACCCACCACAACAACUGAAGGUCCCACGACUACAACAAAAUCGACAACCACACCAGCCGGACCUACAACGACAACUGAAGGUCCAACUACGACAAAGAAAUCUACCACCACGCCAGCAACACCCUCUACAACAAGUGAAGGUCCCACGACGACUACAGAAUCUACAACCCCACCAGCAGGACCUACUACAACAACAGAGGGUCCCACUACAACAACUAAAUCUACUACCACAUCAGCCGGACCCACCACAACAACUGAAGGUCCCACAACUACAACACAAUCUACUACCACAUCAGCAGGACCCACGACAACAACUGAAGGUCCCACCACGACCACAGAAUCUACAACCACAUCAGCAGGACCUACGACAACCACAGAGGGUCCCACUACAACAACUAAAUCUACUACCACAUCAGCCGGACCCACCACAACAACUGAAGGUCCCACAACUACAACACAAUCUACUACCACAUCAGCAGGACCCACGACAACAACUGAAGGUCCCACCACGACCACAGAAUCUACAACCACAUCAGCAGGACCUACGACAACCACAGAGGGUCCCACUACGACAACUAAGUCGACAACCACUACAGCAGGACCUACAACAACAACUGAAGGUCCCACGACUACAACAAAAUCGACCACCACAACAGCAAAACCCUCCACAACAACUGAAGGUCCCACUACCACCACAGAAUCUACAACAACACCAGCAGGACCCACCACAACAACUGAAAGUCCCACAACAACAACACAAUCUACUACCACAUCAGCAGGACCCACCACAACAACUGAAGGUCCCACCACGACUACAGAAUCUACAACCACACCAGCAGGACCUACAACAACUGAAGGUCCCACGACUACAACACAAUCUACUACCACAUCAGCAGGACCAACCACAACAACUGAAGGUCCGACAACGACAACAAAAUCUACCACCACAACAGCAGAACCCUCCACAACAACUGAAGGUCCCACUACCACCACAGAAUCUACAACAACACCAGCAGGACUCACCACAACAACUGAAAGUCCCACAACAACAACUAAAUCAACAACCACACACGCCGCACCUACAACAACGACUGAAGGUCCCACAACUACAACACAAUCUACUACCACAUCAGCAGGACCCACCACAACAACUGAAGGUCCCACCACGACCACAGAAUCUACAACCACAUCAGCAGGACCUACUACAACCACAGAGGGUCCCACUACGACAACUAAGUCUACAACCACAACAGCCAGACCCACCACAACAACUGUAGGUCCCACAACUACAACACAAUCUACUACCACAUCAGCAGGACCUACUACAACAACAGAGGGUCCCACUACGACAACUAAGUCGACAACCACUACAGCAGGACCCACCACAACAACUGAAGGUCCGACAACUACAACAAAAUAUACCACCACAACAGCAAAACCCUCCACAACUACUGAAGGUCCCACAACAACAACACAAUCUACAACCACACCAGCAGGACCUACAACAACAACUGAAGGUCCCACGACUACAACAAAAUUGACAACCACACCAGCCGGACCUACAACGACAACUGAAGGUCCAACUACGACAAAGAAAUCUACCACCACACCAGCAACACCCUCUACAACAAGUGAAGGUCCCACUACGACUACAGAAUCUACAACCCCACCAGCAGGACCUACGACAACCACAGAGGGUCCCACUACGACAACUAAAUCUACUACCACAUCAGCCGGACCCACCACAACAACUGAAGCUCCCACAACUACAACACAAUCUACUACCACAUCAGCAGGACCCACGACAACACCUGAAGGUCCCACCACAACCACAGAAUCUACAACCACAACAGCCAGACCCGCCACAACAACUGUAGGUCCCACAACUACAACACAAUCUACUACCACAUCAGCAGGACCUACUACAACAAAAGAGGGUCCCACGACUACAACAAAAUCGACAACCACACCAGCCGGACCUACAACGACAACUGAAGGUCCAACUACGACAAAGAAAUCUACCACACCAGCAACACCCUCUACAACAAGUGAAGGUCCCACUACGACUACAGAAUCUACAACCCCACCAGCAGGACCUACUACAACAACAGAGGGUCCCACUACGACAACUAAGUCGACAACCACUACAGCUGGACCAACCACAACAACUGAAGGUCCGACAACUACAACAAAAUCUACCACCACAACAGCAAAACCCUCCACAACUACUGAAGGUCCCCCAACAACAACACAAUCUACUACCACAUCAGCUGGACCCACCACAACAACUGAAGGUCCCACUACGACCACAGAAUCUACAACCACGCCAGCAGGACCUACAACAACAACUGAAGGUCCUACGACUACAACAAAAUCGACAACCACACCAGCCGGACCUACAACGACAACUGAAGGUCCAACUACGACAAAGAAAUCUACCACCACACCAGCAACACCCUCUACAACAAGUCAAGGUCCCACUACGACUACAAAAUCUACAACCCCACCAGCAGGACCUACUACAACAACAGAGGGUCCCACUACGACAACUAAAUCUACUACCACAUCAGCUGGACCUACCACAACAACUGAAGGUCCCACGACUACAACAAAAUCGACAACCACACCAGCCGGACCUACAACGACAACUGAAGGUCCUACAACUACAACAAAAUCUACCACCACAACAGCAAAACCCUCCACAACUACUGAAGGUCCCACUACCACCACAGAAUCUACAACAACACCAGCAUUGCCUACAACGACAACUGAAGGUCCCACGACUACAACAAAAUCGACAACCACAUCAGCCGGACCUACAACGACAACUGAAGGUCCUACUACCACAAUAAAAUCUACAACAUCAGGAGGACUCACCACAACAACUGAAGGUCCCACUACGACAACAAAAUCUACUACCACACCAGCAGGACCCACCACAACGACUGAAAGUCCCACAACAACAACUAAAUCAACAACCACACACGCCGGACCUACAACAACGACUGAAGGUCCCACAACUACAACACAAUCUACUACCACAUCAGCAGGACCCACCACAACAACUGAAGGUCCCACCACGACCACAGAAUCUACAACCACACCAGCAGGACCUACAACAACAACUGAAGGUCCCACUACAACAACUAAGUCUACAACCACACCAGCCAGACCCACCACAACAAUUGAAGGUCCCACGACUACAAUUAAUUGGACAACCACACCCGCUGGACCUACAACAACAACUCAAGGUCCCACAACUACAACACAAUCGACUUCCACAUCAGCAGGACCCACCACAACAACUGAAGGUCCCACUACGACCACAGAAUCUACAACUACACCAGCCAGACCUACAACAACAACUGAAGGUCCCACUACCACAAUAAAAUCUACAACAUCAGCAGGACCCACCACAACAACUGAAGGUCCCACUACGACCACAGAAUCUACAACUACACCAGCCAGACCCACCUCAACAACUGAAGGUCCCACGACUACAAUUAAUUGGACAACCACACCCGCUGGACCUACAACAACAACUGAAGGUCCCACGACUACAACAAAAUCGACAACCACACCAGCCGGACCUACAACCACAACUGAAGGUCCCAGUACCACAAUAAAAUCUACUACCACACCAGCAGGACCCAUCACAACAACUGGAGGAACCACGACUACAACAAAAUCUACUUCCACACCAACAGGACCGACCACAACAACUGAAGGUCCCACUACGACAACAAAAUCGACAACGACAACAGAAGGUCCCACUACUACAAUAAAAUCUAGUACUACACCAACACCAACUGAAGGUCCCACUACCACAAUAAAAUCUACAACAUCAGGAGGACCCACCACAACAACUGAAGGUCCCACUACUACAACAAAAUCUAGUACCACACCAACAACAACUGAAGGUCCUACUACUCCAGGUCAAACUACAGUAUGCUUCUGUGUUAUAAAUGGCAAGCAUUAUAGACCAGGGGAAGUCAUUCUAGACAUGGAACACAUUGGAUCCGGGAUAUGUCUCACUAUGAUAUGUUCAGAUAUUUGUGAGAUUAACAAUAAGACCGAAGCUUGCUGGACCACACCCUUGCCAAAACCUACACCCUCUGUUCCGACCUGCCCAGACUGGGAAGUCGCACAAAAUGAGACCUUCUUGUUAUGUAACUGCACUAUGGCUAGAUGCAUUGAAAACAACACAAUAGAAAUAAUUCCCUAUGAAUGCCCACCCUUAAAGAAUAUCACUUGUUCCAAUGGAAAGAAACCUGUUCUUGUUUCUGAUAAAGACCACUGCUGCCAUCAGUACGCUUGUGACUGUGAAUGUAAAGGCUGGGGAGAUCCUCAUUAUAUUACAUUUGAUGGAAUGUACUACAACUAUCAGGGAAAUUGUACUUAUGUCCUUAUGGAGGAGAUGAAACCAAGACAUUACUUGAAGAUUUAUAUUGACAACAUCUACUGCGAUCCUAGUAAACAUGUUUCCUGCCCAAGAUCAUUAAUUAUAUCCUAUAUCUCAGAGGUGAUUGUCCUUAAGAGUCAAAAUCUUGUUGGAGCAGCAGAGCUGGAGGCAUUCAAAGAUGAAAAACGCUUGCAAAUUCCCUAUAUACAAAACGGAAUUAAGAUCUUCUAUUCUGGCAUCACCAUGGUUGUGGAGAUUGUGCCUUUGGAAGCAACGAUUACUUUUGGACUGAGUGAUUUUACAGUCAAUCUACCUUAUAAAUAUUUUGGCAGCAACACUCAAGGCCAAUGUGGAACAUGCAACAACAACAAAGCAGAUGACUGCAUGUUGCCUGGCGGCCAGUUAGUGCAAAACUGUGGCAUAAUGGCUGACUUUUGGCCUGCACAAGACAUUUAUCAACCAAACUGCCAGAUACCGUCUGUGAUCCCAACCGGUACACCUGAACCCCCACCCACAUUGACUCCGUGCAAGCCGGACUCUGACUGUGAUCUGCUUCUGAGCAGUGUCUUUGAAGAGUGCCAUCCAUUUGUGGAUCCAGACAAUUACUUUCAAGGCUGUGUUUUUGACAGUUGCCAUGUGUCCAACCCAGCGGUAGAAUGCACAAGUUUGCAGACCUACGCUGCCGCUUGUGUUCAGGCCGGCGUUUGUCUACACUGGAGGAAUCAUACCACCCACUGUGAAAGUGACUGUCCAUCUGACAAAGUCUACAAACCAUGUGGUCCUGUUGAACCGCCAACAUGUGAAGACAGUCCUAAUGUACCAACGCUGGACUUCGUCACUGAAGGAUGCUUUUGUCCUGAGGGAACAAAGCUCUUCAACAAAGAAUCAGGCAUAUGUGUUGAUAAGUGCGGAUGUCUUGAUCCUGAGGGUAUUCCUCGUGAGUUUGAUGAAAGGUUUGAGUACAAAUGCCAAAACUGCAUUUGCGAGGAGACCACCAAGGCCAUCACAUGCGUGCCUAAGGCGUGCCCAUCAUUACCUGUAGCCAACUGCACAGGUCCUGGCUUCGUCACUGUCAACGAGACCAAUCCGGCGGACCCUUGCUGUGCCAUCUUAGUUUGUCGAUGUCACAGCAACACGUGUCCAGUCAUAGACAUGGUGUGUCCAGUUGGAUAUACUGUAGUUGUCCGUGUGCCUGAGGGGAAAUGCUGUCCAGAACACACAUGUGAACCGAAAAGGGUUUGUGUCCACAAAGACACUGUAUACCAGCCCGGUGAUAUGGUCCCUGUGGUUCCAUGUCAGGAUUGUGUUUGUACCAACGAUGUGGACCCCCUAACUGGUUUAUUAAUAAUAACCUGCAAGAUGCAGCAAUGUCGAGAACAAUGUGAACAGGGUUACAACUACGUUAAAGUCGAGAAAAAUGACUGCUGUGGAAGAUGUAUUCAGACACACUGCAUCUUAAACAUUCACGGAACUGAACAGCUCCUGAAGCAAGGAGAUACGUGGUCACCACCAGAUGAUAGGUGUGAGCAUUACACCUGUGUAAAAAGUAAUGAGACAUUAACAGCCGUCGGCACGCGCAUUUUGUGUCCACCAUUCCAACAAAGCAACUGCCACCCUGAUACAAUUCAAACUGCAGCAAAUGGCUGUUGUAAAAUCUGUGUGGAGCGGGAGAAGGCAUGCAAGCCGGUGGCCACUAAAAAGUAUAUCACACACAAGAACUGUCAGUCUGUAGAGGAGGUCGACAUUCCAUAUUGUGAAGGUUCCUGCAACACUUACACAAAAUACUCAGAAGAGGCGUCCGCUGUGCAGCCAACCUGCUCCUGCUGUAAGGGGGUCCGGUACAGCAAUCGCACUGUUGACUUGCUGUGUUUGAAUGGAGAUGUGCUUCCUUACUCCUACAUUCACGUGGAUGAGUGUAGUUGCGCUCUCAGCGACUGCAGCAGACCUGCGGGAGCUCCCGCUAGGAGGAGGAGAAGCUUUACUCUUUUGUGAUUUUAAAAUCACAUUUAUGGAUGCUAGAAAACCCUCUUCCAUGCCCUUUGAGACAAAAGUGGUCUCAAAAAAAAUCUUUAUCUGCAUUUCCUUGAA